GACAGAUGUCAAGAUAUCAGUCAAAUAACUUCUAUGAGAAAGAUUACCAAUACAGAAGCACAGAUUAUAGAAAGCCGCAUGAGAGAGGAGCCACCUUCGUUCCUUCCUAUGGCUCUGAGAUGGCCCGGUACAAGACUAAGAUGUGUAAUUACUUGCUGAGAAAUGGUAACUGUACUCUGGGUCAAAAUUGUACUUAUGCUCACAACAAGCUUGAACAAAGAAAGAAUUUUAAAGAACCAAUCCCAAUAUGGGUCAAAGAUGUAUAUAAAAGAAUAUGGAGAAAGAAAUAUCAAAAGAACUGCAAUUUUGGCUCAAAAUCGGAUCUUGUCCCAGAAAUGCCCAGAUUUCAAGAAGAAAGAAGAUUCAUUUCUGGAGAAGAUGAAGAGGAUAAAAAGUCUAGUGAGAUCGAAAGGAACCCUUCACAAGCCACAGACUUUCAAAACCAAGAACCAUUGAAUUAUGCUCACUCAGUCCAGACACCAAUAGUCUGAGAAACUCCUGUACCACAAGAUAGUGACAUUACUGAUGCAUACAGGAAGCUGAAGAUUGAGAACCUAGACCUCCAGGCGACUAUUGCCAAGCUCCAUAGAGAUAAAGAGGAGCUGGAGCAGAAGCUUCAAGAAUCUUCUAAAAUGAGCAUGGAAUCUGAAUCACCUGAGACCGACACCAUCCAGGAUUUCAACAGGAUGGUGAAAGAACUGCAGGAAGAGAACUCUCAGCUCAAAAAUAGAAUCAAGGAACUUCUCAGUAAGGGAGAAAGCAAAAGUCAAUCAAGCGAUGUUUACUACAAAAUUAUUUUGCAUGCCAUAAAUCAGUUGGAAGAAGUUACUAGGAGUUAUUUAACUAAGAAGUUGAUGAACUAUCCUGUGUUGACUCCUUCACUGACAAUUGUUGAUAAACAGGAUGUGUUCAACAUCCUUGAUCAUAAACCAGAACAUCCUUACAAUAGCUUCAAGGAAUUACAGAAGGCCAAAACCUUUCCUCCAAUGAAGAGUGUUGUAGAUCUUAGAUAUGAGCUCAAGAGAAUGGUCGAGGAGCAAGAAAGCAAUGAUGGCGAUGUUAAGGUAUCAGGCUCAAACACCUUGAGUGGCGACUCUGAACAGCUUUUAGAGAAAAUCAGCCAGCUCGAAUCUAGACUGAAAGAUAGAAACAGAGAAAUUAAGGGAUGCAAUGUUCAUAAAACAGAGCUUAAGAAUAAACUUUAUAAUUGUGAAUUGAAGGUUGCAGAGUUAGAAGAUGAGUUGGCACUUAUCAAGAAGGGUAAUCUUAAAUUCACAAGAAAAUCAUUGAAGUCCUACACUGAAGCAGAUGUAGCUGAUUACAAAAGACAGAUCACUCAGUUGCAUGAAUCUAUCAGAAAAUACAAAAAGGAGAACACUUACUAUAAAUACCAAAUCAGUGUGCUAAAAUGGGACUUAUCUAAGCUUGGAACUACUGAUGACUCAGCCACUCAGAACAAACAGUAAAUAGCUG